CCUCGGGGGCCCGGACCCCCCCUAUUUCCUCCGGAAAGGGGUCCGGUGCCACCACGUGCCACCAAGGUGGCGACUCCAGGGUCGGCCCUGCCACGUGCCCGUGGCAGAAGGCCCUCUGCAGGACGCCAGCCCAACAACCGCAUUAAAUGCGGGUAGGUGGGCUGUGCGUGCCCAAGUCAAAGUAUGGUCUGCCCAACUGACACCACGGAAAGCCCGCCUGUUACCGAGAUGGCGCGUCACUGUGCCCUGUGCGCAGGCAAACGGAGUGUAGUCACAUCACGGCGUUGUGCGUGGGUGAUGAUGGCCUGCUGCAGGUGAGUCGAGGCAUGCGCUGUAACAGUGUGCGCGGAGGCGACGGUGCGGCGGGUCAGCACUGCUUCUUCGCCUGUCAGAGGUCCUGACCCAACAAUGGCAGCACGGCUUCCACUAUUGGGUAACACUGACAGCAGUCACUGUGCCGGCAAGGUGGCACACGGCCAUAUCUUGGCUGUAGAUGCGCACAUCAACUUCCCGAUAGCAAGGACUAUGGAGAGGAGCUGGAGAUGAAGAUCUCCAUAUCUCUCGUAGAACAUGCUCCUGUUGGCCGGGCCCACCUAUCGGGGCCCCGCACGGUGUAAGUACACCCUUUGGACUAUAAAAAGGAGAGUGUACUCGUUAGAAGGGGCCAUCUUAGCCCCCCACUUAGGCUUACACAAGGACACACCGGAACAUCCAUCUCAAGUUCCCUCCAGGCUUCCACAAUCAAUACAACACCCAAGUGGACGUAGGGUAUUACGUUCCGGCGGCCCGAACCACUCUAAAAUCCUUGUGUCUUUCCUGUGUUCAUCCGCCCAUCGAUCAAGCGCUCCUAGGUCUCCCCCAAACUCUUCCUUAACUAGGAUUAGGCGGGUGCAUUCCGCCACCCGGCUGGAGAUUUCCUCCGACAUAUUUAAUGAUGGAAAAACAUACCUGGUUUUGGCAUUUAAAAACUUAAGCAGUGGGAAUGCUUCUUGUAAGCUAUUAAAGAUGAAAGCAUAUUUCUUGGAUUAUAUUUGGUGGUUGUGCUUGCAUCAUAUAUUGAUCAUUGAUGAAAAGAGUUGCUCCUCCUUUUUCUUCAAGAUCUCUCAGAGUAUAUAUUUUCAGUAGCUGCUUGCUUGGUUAAGACCAUGCAAACGUCCCUAUAAAAAAGGCAUAUAAGUGUCCUUUGGAAAAAUGCAAUUUAUUAUGUUUGCUAUACAGAUAUUCUUGCAUCUCUACCUUUUUUCCACUUGUAAACUGAAUUUUUAUACUGUUCUCUUGACUCUAAAAAUACGAAUCACUAUUCACGUAUUGUUGACUCUUGUCACCCUUUCAUGUGGCAGGAGUGAUGCACUGAUGGAGACUCUUGGAUUAUAACUGCAGUUUCCCCUUAAUUUUUUCCAGCCGUCCCUAACAAUGUGGCAUCUGAGGCUUAUAGCUAUUCUUUCUGCUGCUCUUUUCUUUACGCACGUUCCUUGUGCCAGAGGUGCUGACCUGAACUCCGAUAAGCAGGCCCUUCUUGCAUUUGCUGCGUCACUGCCUCAUGGCAGAAAGCUCAACUGGACCUCCACAACCCAAGUAUGCACAUCCUGGGUUGGGAUUACAUGCACACCUAAUGGUAAGCGUGUACGUGAAGUGCGGCUACCUGCAAUAGGGCUAUUUGGUCCUAUCCCUGGGGGCACACUUGGCAAGCUUGAUGCCCUAGAGGUGUUGAGCCUUAGGUCAAAUCGUCUCACUAUUAAUCUCCCUCCUGAUGUAGCAUCCAUUCCUUCUCUGCACUCCCUUUAUCUUCAGCACAAUAACUUGUCCGGAAUUAUACCAAGCACAGUGUCUUCCAGCCUAACAUUCUUAGACCUGUCAUAUAAUUCCUUCAAUGGAGAAAUCCCGUUGAAAGUGCAAGAUAUCACUGGACUGACUGCAUUGCUUCUCCAAAACAACUCUCUUUCUGGACCCAUCCCUGACCUUCACCUCCCCAAAUUGAGACAUUUGGAUUUGAGUAACAAUAACCUCAGUGGACCUAUACCACCUUUCCUGCAGAAGUUCCCAGCUAGUUCUUUCUUCGGAAAUGCCUUUCUAUGUGGAUUUCCACUGGAACCAUGUCCAGGAACCACACCUUCUCCAAUAUCACCGUCACCCCAAAAUGGCCAAAGAAGCAUAUGGAAAGGGCUCAGCCGUGGUGUCAUUGUUGCAAUAGCUGCUGGAGUAGGGACCAUAGUAUUGCUUUUGAUUAUCAUCCUCUUGGUAUGCAUCUUCAAAAGAAAGAAAGACAGAGAGCCUGGUGCGGCAUCAUCUUCAUCCAAAGGAAAGGCUAAUGCUGGUGGAAGGGCAGAAAAAUCCAAGGCAGAAUACAGCAGCGGUAUUCAAGAAGCAGAGAGGAAUAAAUUGUUUUUCUUUGAGGGAUGUUCAUAUAAUUUCGACUUGGAGGAUUUGUUGAGGGCUUCAGCUGAAGUCCUUGGAAAAGGAAGUUAUGGGACUACCUACAAAGCUGUUCUUGAGGAUGGCACGACUGUAGUGGUCAAGAGACUGAAGGAAGUGGUGGCAGGAAAGAAGGAAUUCGAACAGCAGAUGGAGCUAAUUGGCAAGGUUUGCCAGCAUCAGAACACCAUCCCAUUGCGUGCUUACUAUUACUCCAAGGAUGAGAAGCUCUUGGUGUAUGACUAUGUCCCGUUGGGUAGCCUUUCUGCUGCUUUGCAUGGGAAUAAAGCUGCUGGAAGAAAUCCACUGGACUGGGAGGCGAGAGUGAAAAUAGCUCUGGGCACUGCACGCGGGAUGGCUUAUCUUCACGAGGAGGGUGGCGGGAGGUUCGUCCACGGGAACAUCAAGUCAAGCAACAUCCUCAUCUCCCAGGAACUCAGCGCGUGCGUCACCGAGUUCGGCCUCGCCCAGCUCAUGGCCCCGCCCCACGUCCACCCGCGGCUCGUCGGCUACCGCUCGCCCGAGGUCCUCGAGACCAAGAAGCCGACGCAGAAAUCCGACGUCUACAGCUUCGGCGUCCUGCUCCUCGAGAUGCUCACAGGUAAAGCCCCUCUGCGAUCCCCCGGCCGCGAGGACUCCAUCGAGCACCUCCCCCGGUGGGUGCAGUCCGUGGUGCGGGAGGAGUGGACGUCGGAGGUCUUCGACGUCGACCUGCUGAGGCACCCGAACGUCGAGGACGAGAUGGUCCAGAUGCUCCAGGUCGCUAUGGCGUGCGUUGCCGUCGUCCCCGAGGAGCGGCCUCGGAUGGAGGAGGUGGUCGGGAGGAUCGAGGAGAUCCGGAACUCCUACUCGGAGACGAAGACCUCCCCGGAGGAUAACCCGAGGGAGGGAGCCUUCUGAAUCAUCUAUCCGUAGCAGCACAGCAAUAACAUGGCGUCUUUAGAGGAAAAAAUAGGUUUGACAGCUCUGCAUUAUUUAGUGGGUGUGUGUCCAGUGAAGCUUUGCAGUUGGUUCCUGAUCAUUCUUUGGUGAAAUUGUUUCCUGUUCUUUGGUUCCAUGAUGUUAGCACUGGUGGUGGUUUUGUUUCUCUCUAGCACUGCUGAUGAUCAUCGUAGGGUGUUAAUCUGACGAUUGUGCUGCGACUCAGUUUGAGAAAGCUCUUUAAAGUUUGUGUUGUCGAAGGAGCA